CGAAUGUUUCGUAUGUACAUACGGAAUUCCAAAAUCUAUUCUAACCGAUUUAGGAACGAAUUUCUUAUCAGACAUAUUUAAAAGCAAGUGUAAACUAUUGGACGUUAAAAAGAUUCAAACAACUGCAUGGCACCCACAGGGAAACAGAUUUUUGGAACGGUCCCAUAAAACAUUGAAAGUUAUAACAACAUGUUAUAACUUCUAUGUUACGCGACUUUUUUUUAUAACACGACAGUUCAUACGUCAACUAACUUUACACCAUACUGUAAUGGGCAUGUAUUAGAAGGUAUUAUAACCGCUUUUACUUAUUCGAUAUUACUUAUUUUUCAGAUAAAUAUAAGAAGAAAAAUAUAAUAAUAACAAAACAAAAUAUAUAAAAUCGUAUAAUACACCAUGAGCAAUCAAACACCACUGUUGGCGGAGUACCCACUAACACUACAGGCAAUUGAUUUCUUUGAAAAACUUAGAGAUGAACUAUUAAACGGCCCUCACCACCAAUAUAUAAGACGGAAUAGAAUUUGUGUAGGAUGUUUUAAACGACAUGUCAGAGAAGCGAACAAAAAAAUGAGUAUGCCGUUGAACCCGUACAUAUUAAGCAGGGCAAUGAUACCUGUUACGGCGUUUAUACACGCGGUAAUAAAUCAUCCGAACGCAGAGAGACCGGUGUGUGUAGAAGUGGGGGAGAUACUAGAAGAUGUUAUUGCUCGACGGAUUAUUUCAGUUAAUCACUUAUUCGAAGAAUAAAAAAAAAAAAAAA